CAUCCUCGGUCGCCAUUCCGGGUCCGAGCUGCGGUCACAUCAGCCCCCUCAGGGAAUUGACUGCUUCUGCGAUGGCGGAGGAGCGAGAUUUGCAGAAAUUCCUCCAGAACGUGGAUGAAAUCACCAACCUGAUACAAGGCCUGAGAGCCGAGGAUCCGGCCGAACGAGAGAAAGCCAUCUCAGCGACAGAGCAGCGGCUGCAGCAGGCCGCACCAAACUCCGAGGAAUGUGACGGCUGCAGAGUCGUCCUGAACCGCACAGCAAUCAGCCCCCCACAGGCCCCCCAGUCGGCCCCCAUUCAGAUGCCGCAAACCGGAAACAGUUCCCACCCAGAUGCGUUCCUGGCAGUUCUAGGGCAGGAUGCAAGAGAGCGAGCCAGACGGAGAAAAGAAAACAAAGCCUUGGCAAACGCCCUGAAGGAGCAGGGGAACGAGGCAUUUGCUAAGGGUAAUUACGAGAUGGCCAUCCAGCGCUACAGCGAAGGCUUGGAGAAGCUGAAGGACAUGCAGGUGCUCUACACCAACCGUGCACAGGCUUAUCUGAAGCUGCAGGAGUACCCCAAGGCGCUACUGGACUGCGAAUGGGCUCUGAAGUGUGGCGAGAAGUGUCCCAAAGCCCAUUUCCUCAUGGCGAGAGCACAUCUGGCCCGGGGGGACUACAACGAGUCCAGGCAGUGCUACAGGAAGAUGCUGGAGUCUAAUCCCUCGCUGGAGAAGCAGGUGGCAGGUUACCUGGAGCACGUCGCCCUCCAGGAAAAAGCAGCUCUGCAGGAGCAGGAGGCCCAGGAAGAGCUGGCAUCAGGAAAGAGCAUGGCGGUGGCCACCAAGACCUUGCUCCAGACCCUCACCCAACCCGACCAGCUCCCCUUCUUCUACGCUGGGGGCACCGAGGCCCUGGCUGAGCUCAUGAGAGAUUGCACUGAACAAACUUUAUUUAGAACCAACAAUGGAUUCAGUAUCAUCAAUGACAACAAGGUCAUAAAGCGAUGCCUGUCCACUGCAGGAGACUCUGGGCCAGAAGAAGCAGUGUGCCUGUCUGUGACCAAGCUCUGGCAUGCAGUGUGCCGCGGGAACGAAGUGAACCAGCACCGGCUAGUUACCCACUCCGGGAUGGGGGCCUUGCUGCCUUCCCUCCUGCUGGGGCGGGGGCGUCCAGUCCAGCAGCAGAUCGUGGCCCUCCUGACCCUCCUGGCUGAGACUGAGACUGGACGGAACCUGCUCCUGAGCCACGUGGACCUCCAGAGCUUGUUACAAGCCCUGGUGACAUUUGUCAAUUCCUCGGAUGUGAGAGCGGGAGAGGCGAUGAGACUGUUGACAGAUUUAGCCCUGGAGGACAGGUUCAAAGCCUGGUUCCGGAACCACCUCUCCACCGCUCUGCCCAUCCUCAUGGGCACACUGAGGAACCCUGCACCGGCCAACCAGGCCACCCUGUCCCAGUGCCUAGCCAUCGUGGGGAACCUCAGUGCCGAUGCCACCAUCCGGAGCCAGCUGGCCGCUUGCCCAGACCUCUGGGAUAUCUGCCUGGAGUUACUGCUCAGAUGGGAGGAGGACCUGGCGCUGGUCCAGGGGACCAUGUACGCAGCCCUGGGUCUGCUGAUGAACCUGCUCCUGGAGCCCGCAAGUGUCCCUGAGGGACGGGCAGCGGUGGUGAACCGAAGGUGCGUGGCUCUACUGGGCUGUGAGGAUGGUGGGAUUCUGACUAGGGCAGCAGGAGUGCUGAGCCGAUCUCUUCCAGCCUCGCCACCAGCGUCCGUGGAAGAGGCAGUGGUGGGUGGGGUGGUGAAGAAAAUGAUUCAGUUCCUGAAGGCUGGCGGCCAGACGGCGCCCCGCUAUGCCACGAAGACACUAGCCAUCUGUACCAAGAGCAGCCUCAGGGCUCGGGAGGAAGUGGUGCGCCUAGAUAAGCGGCUCAGGGUGUUGAGUCGGCUGCUGGACUCGGAGGACGAGGUCGUGGUGGGAAACGCGGCUCUGUGCUUCGGCGUCUGCGUGGAGGUGGCGGGCGUGGCAGCCAGCCUGCUGCACUCCGACAUCGUGGACCUCCUGCUGCGCCAUGUUAGCAGAGCCGGACCAGCCACCGUGAGCCACAAUGCGGCCAUCGCGCUCGGCAAACUGUGCACUGCUGAGCCAAGGCACGUGGUGCGCCUCCGAGAGCUUCACGGGGUGGAGAUUCUCCACGGGGCCAUGAAGCAUGUGUCUGGGCCCUAGCCCGCCUGCAUGUGCAUACGUGUGCGUGCAUGUACACAUGUGUGCCCCACUGCAGGGUUGUUUUCCUAGAUGACGUUUCUUUGUCCUAUAGAUUGUUGCCAUGGAAAUAAAGAUCUUUUUAAG